CCAGGACCUCCAUCCAUCGAGAUCUUGGUCACCAGUCCGUCCGCGAUACCAAAGACGACUUCCCUGGUGUCAAUGGCAUGCGAUUGAUACUCGGUAACGCCCGCAACAUUUGUUUCUGAGCUGAGGCUGCAACUUCGACACAAGCUCUACAUCACUGAGGUGAUAUUGAUCGCUGUUAGUGUCCGGUGAAGCUUGUGCGAGCUCCGGCGCAAACAACUGCCAGAUCUCCAAAGCGAUCCCGACCCCGAUCCCGAUACCAACACAAUGGCGUCUGAUGGACCUUCUAAUCCCCCCGCUGCGAGCGGCAGCAGCGACACUCCAAUGUCCGAAUCUCCUCCCAAAUACGUUCCGCAGUUCUCUGCUGCCACCGAGAUGAUCCUUAAGCGCAUCAACUCUGGCGUGAGCGGCUCGUCGUCUCUGUCUUCGAUUGGCAUCACGGGCACACCACCAGGAUAUGAGGACAUGAGGCGCAGUGUGUUGAUGGGCAUGAAGACUACAUUAAACAUGGAGAUGCCAACUACGCCUAUAAAUACGGGGCGAGGCAGAGGUGGAUCUGGUAGCAAAGCCGCACAAAGAGCAUCUGCGACCCCGUCCGGUAGUGCUGCUGGAUCUGCAAGUGGAGGAAAGGGCAAAGGAGUUGGAAAGCCAAAAGCCAAAGCCGGAACAAAGAGAAAGCGAGUUAAGGAUGAGAGUGAAAGCACGGAGGAAUCAGACGAAAACAUGUCCAAGCUUGGCGGAGACUCUGAUUCGGAUAUUUCUGAGGAAGCUACUGAAUUGCCGAAGAUCACACAGUCCGGACGACAAGUCAACAAGCCCGCACAGUUUGUCCCCGCAGCUUACGAGAAUUCGUCAAAGAGAAGAGCCCCUUCAAAGAGAACUCAGGAACAAGCCCUGUGCAAGCGAUGCGGCCGAGGCCACAGUCCCCAAAGUAACAUGAUCGUAUUCUGCGAUGGCUGCAACCUAGGCUGGCACCAAAUGUGUCACGACCCAGUCGUCUCGGAAGAAGCUGUCAAAGACGAGCUCUCCCAAUGGUUCUGCGCAGACUGCAGCCGAAAGAAGAGCGUCAAGUCCAAGACACCUGAGUCGGCCAAAGCAGUCAGCUGGCAAGGCAAGAGCGCUGACGAGAAAAGAGCAUACCUGAACUCCCUUUCUCACCAGCAAUUAGUCUCUCUCCUCUUGCAAGCCACAGUCCUUCACCCUAGUCUUCCCAUCUUCCCCGCCACCACCAGCAAUGCCCCAACACGUCCCUCCUCGGCUACUGCUCCAAACCGCACAAACGUCUACCCACAACAACCCUUUCCCCCCUCCGCAACUUCUACUGCUGGUCUAUUCUCCCGCGCCGAAGCCAACCCAAAUGCACCAAUAAACUUCAUCCGCAAGAUCCAACCCGGCCAAACACCUCCUGCAUCAUCAUCCUUCUCCCAGCCCUCAUUCACCCAUGCCUCUUCCGCACCGCCAACACUAGCCGCCCAAGGCGGAGAAGAGAGCCGCGAGAGCACGCCUGCUAGCCCGCCAUACCCGAAAGCGGGCAACGGCCUGAUGGCGAAGCUCGGCCCAGACGAAGAGGAUUUGGAGUGGUUAGUCGAUAGCGGCGAUUUUGAGGCAUUUAGUCAUGUGGUCUAUGAUGAGAAUGGAGAGAAGACGGAAGAGAACGGCAUUGUUGUUAAUGGUGCUUGAGUGGUGGUGUAGUGGUGUACGAUUUCGAGGGUGGCUUGUUUUGAUUAUUCUGGCGUUGAGAGGGUGAAGUGGGGGAGUCUGCAUUAGCUUCUUCGGUUCAUGAAGGAAGUAAAGUUUCAGAUUCGUUUUUUUGCAUUUCCCAUUCGGCUUCUGGUCGGGGCGCAGCUCUGACAUGAAAACAAUUCGGUGUAAAACUAGUAAAGUAAAAUUGUGUUGCUCAG